AUGGCGUCGUCGGACUCAUCGGUCGACUUGGCGGCCAUCAACACUCUCGAGUUGUUGGGCGACAACUCGGCCGCCAACUGGCACUCUUAUGCCCACUUCGUCGAGGUGUUGCUCUCCCCGAUCGUCGUCAGUGGACAUAUCCUUCGUUCCGUCGUGUUCCGGGAGGAGGGUGGACUCCAGCCCAUCGCCCCUUCCGCCCCCACCGGACCUGCUCCCAACGAGCCCGGACCCGAGCCCGAGACUCCUGGUGAUCCUCCCUCUUACGCGUCGGAUGUCAACAACCCACAAAGUGUGGAGACUGCCAUUCGUGCCUACCACACCACACUCAACGACCACCUUCGCCAUCAAUUGCGCUAUGAGGACGACAAGUGCACCUACGACGAUGCUGCUGCCCGCCACCGCGAAUACCAAGCCCAGCUUGCCACUUACACUACAUGCCUCGCCACCUACACCACUGACAUCGCUGCGUGGCGCAUUGCUGAUCGUCGAGCUCUCGCCAUCCUCCUUGCCACUAUCCCCUCCUCCCUCAAGCAAGAGCUCUCACCCACCUCCCCCUCCCACCUGUGGCAACUGCUUGUCGACCUCUUUGACAGGCAGGACAUCGCCACUCUCUAUGCACUCAUCAAGGAAUUCGGAUCCAUCACCAUGGACUCCACCGCCGAUGCAGCUGCAUCUACUCGUCGCGUCCUUGACCUUGCUCGUCGCCUUGCUGCACUCGGUGCGUUUUUUACGCUGGCGUCUGGACGGGGCGUCCAGACGCUUGCCGCCCGAUGUCCUCUGCCCUGGACGCACACUUGA